GCGUAGUGGCUAAAGGAGAGGCAUCUUUUCGAACAGUCUGAAAUUAUCUAAUAACUUAAUUCAAGUUUAUCUUGCAGCGGAAGUAAUGCACUUUCGCGGUACUUCGUAUUCUAUAGAAGUAGAGAAUGUUCUAUUCUGCUUAAUUUUGUUGCUUCCCGUCGCAGCAGCACUAGUGGACGAUGUUACCGACGCAAACGUCGACUUCCGGACGUCGAAGCAUUUCCUUCGAAUUUAUGCAAAGGCGGUACAUGUGUUGGCGUAUAAAACGUUGAAACCACUGGCCGAUGCUCCAGUACCUUCAGAAGGGCGGCAGACUAUUCGGUUACUGCCCAACACCAGACGCCAUCUCCAAUGUUUUUACAAUAUUCUCAAGCCGCUCCUCACGGCGACCGAAGAAUUGCGGCUUCGGCAGGAGGCUACGAUUAUAAAUAAAACUUUACAACUACAAUCGUUGGAAGAAGAGUUCGUAGAAAUGGAAAACUACAUCAGCUAUAGUACUAAUCGAGUGGAUGCAACGCUCGAGAAGGAAGACGCCGGUAGUUACCGUAAACGAAACAAAACCAACGGAAUUCGAGAAAAUGCGCAGUUUAUAGAAAAUUUACAAAUUCCUAUACGUCAAAAGAUGCAAGAUCUGCGAAUCGAAAUGGCGGCGCUUAGUGCAAGUAAUAUACAAGUCAAAGGAAUUAUCCUGCAUUUAUCCAGUCUCUUCAGCGUGACAACGACACUGGAUAACAUUAUGCAGAACACGGUCGACAUAGCAGAAUUGUUAGCACCGUUGCACCAGAUUGCCGAUCUGGUUGCAUCGUUUGCUAGACACCAUAUCGGGUCACUUCCUGCAGUAUACGCACGAAGUAUCACAAAGAGCAUGAAAGUCCUGGAUCACAAACUACCGCAUUAUCCGCUACUGGAUUUGGAAUAUCGAAGGUUGAUUCCGUGCCGCGCGCACAGGCAUAGCAAAACACAACGUUCCAAACUGCGAAAUACGAGUAUACUACCGGCGAUCAAUGUGAACGUUACUAAUUUUACUUCUCGUACUGCACCGGAUCAGCAAUAA